AUGUUUUCGAGUAGUUCAGAAGUAAAGGAACCUCCUAUAAGGAUAUUUUAUAAUAAUAUAUCAUCUUCAUCGGAAUCUUUCGAAGAAAUACCCUCGAUACCUCCAAGUGAAAACCCUAAGAUGUUGCUGUACCAACAGGGUCUUUACGAUCCGGGCAGUGGAGAAAUUUGCACCAAAUACGUAACGAUGUCUGACAGUACAGUGUUUAGACACGCAUAUUAUAAUUAUCCUGGAAUCAAGGAUCCGGGUAUUAAAGAAGCCUUGCUGGAACCAGAGCCAAGAAAAAUCUACUCAUUGGAUGGUCAAGAGCUGUAUUUAGAUUUAUGUGAAGAAAUGAAAGUGAGUCCAGUAAGAAGUUUUCUCAGAGGGCUGCUCGGCGAGGUCAUUGAUUUGAAAUACUACGGUGUAAAUCCAAAUAACGUGAGAGCUAUGUCCAUGGCUCUCACUUACAAUCGCUACGUGAGACGAUUAGAUCUCACUUCAAACUUCCUGAACGACGACGCAUGUUACCACCUCGGUCAAAUGCUUGGGGAAAAUAUGGCUUUACAAGAAGUUAUAUUAUCCGGAUGCAGGAUUCAAGAAGAGGGUCUCAGGAGAUUAGUGGUGUUCCUCACCGCUCGCUCGUUAGAUUUGCUCGAUUUGUCCCGCAAUGAAAUCGGUGACAACGGUUUUGAACAUCUAGCCGGUCAACUGGUUAAAGGUGCCGUUAUUAAGAGAUUAGGAAAAUUAGCAGCAACAGCGAUCGCUAACACUUUAGAAAAAGCAAAAGGUCUCCACACACUAAAUCUCUCCUAUAACCCACUAACUGCGGAUGGAGCAUUUAUUAUUGUCAACAAGUUACGAAAUAAUUCGAUCAAAUUGAUUAAUCUCCUUAUGGAUAAUGUCGAAGUUAAUAAAGAAUUCGUGAAGGAAUGUAAAGAAGUGCUGCAGUUGAGAUUUCGCAAAAACUGCAAGAUAACUUACGGUGACGUUAAGCACAACUACACGCUCUCAGUGCCGGAUAUUAGGGAGAUAUUGUUGAAAAGAAUCGACUUUCUCACCGCGCGCGCUUCGAAAAAGAAUCAACUUGAUAUCGCGAUAUAUUUUCUACAAAAGAAAAAAAUGUUUGACAACAUUCAGCCUCGUGAAAUUUUGCGAGAUUUGAAAAUAGCGGGCACUCCAGUGGAUGAAGAUCUAGUCCUAGGUCUCACUGAUACAUUUCCCGGACCAAAGUUGGAUAAAGGGGGGAAGACCCUGGAUUUGGCUGGUGUAGUGGAAAUGGUUAACCGAAUGUGGCCGGACCGAAAACCACCGCCCACUCCCGAGCCGGAGCCUAGAGUUAUAUCAAAGAAAGGAGGAAAGAAAAAA